AAACUAUCGAUCCAAACGCCAAGACCUUCAAGGAUUUGGGUAUUGAAGACAUGGACAAGUUGGCUGAUGUGUUAUUCACCUACACCAAGCACUGGAGACAUCCAUUGAUUGCCCAGAAGGGUGCCCCAUCCAAGAAAGAAUUGGAAAGAUUACGUCAACUCGAACACUUCACCUGAUCACACACCUGCAUAAUAUACAACAAGAGAGUAGUCCAUGUAAGAGUCCAUGUAGAAUCCAUGUAAGAAUAGUUUGGCAGUCACGUGGACCUUAUCGCAGAAUCACCUCGGCCUUCUCCGGCUUAUCAUAUAUAGCUCCCAGGCCCCACAUCUCCCACUGCAACGUCGCCAUGGCAUACAAGCUACCACCCAUCAGCAGCCUUACCCAAAUUGACCGUAAAGACCAGGUCGUUGCGCUCGGACAUCUCUUCGAGCCGUGUGAAACGCUCUCCGAGUUCAUCAUCUCCAGAAUAGCCCACCAGUCUUUUGAAGACUAUCAACGCUUAAUCGAGUUCGUAAGGAUAGAAUUGGUGCAUUUUUUACAGCAGGCCGAAGCCGAGGCCAAUAGAAGUGGUACUGGUGUUGAUCCACGCAUUUCCAAGAUCAUAGCAGCCCACCCUCGGUUGGGAGGGUCGUCCAAAGCUCCCACAGGCAAAUUGUCGGAGCACUCGUCCAAGGAGCAGAAGUCCUUGCAAGGAAGUGAGGAAGAAAGCAAGAAAUUGGUCUAUCUCAACGACUUGUACGAGGAAACCUUUCCUGGGUUGAGAUACGUGGUGUUUGUCAAUGGACGCAGCAGAGAGGUGGUGAUGAAGGACAUGCAAGAGCGCAUUGAUAGAGGCGAUAUCCAGAAGGAGAGAAGACAGGCGUUUGAGGCCAUGUGCGAUAUAGCCUUGGACAGGGCCGGUAAAUUGGGGGCCAAACAGCAUUUAUAAGGAAUAAUAGUCACAAUGAAUGGAGCUUCUACGUGUAAUUGAAGGAAGUUAAAUACAAAGCAGUAGAAGAAUUCAG